AAACAGGUCUACAAUGAAAACAAACGACAGGUGAUGAGUUACCUUUCUGGCUGUAUCAAAGAUGCUGCUAAAUUGCUGGAACAAAAAUUGCUUUCACCUGUGGAACUAUGCAGAGCAGCUGUACAUCGACAAGAAACCAUUUCCAGAUUAAAUGCCUAUGUUCCUACAAUCCUUUCAAAAAAUGGAAAGACAGCGGCAAUGUCUUCUUUGAAAAGAUAUGAAAAAGGAAAAGCAUUAGGUCCCUUAGAUGGUAUUCCAGUAGCCUUGAAGGACAACUUCAGCACUGCUGGUAUUCACACAACCUGUGGAUCACGAAUGUUACAAUAUUAUGUUCCCAUAUAUUCUGCAACUGUUGUGAAAAGAUUAGAAGCUGCUGGUGCGGUUUUUAUCGGCAAAACAAAUCUGGACGAAUUUGCCAUGGGUUGUGGGACUGUUGAUUCUAUGUUUGGCCCAUCAAGAAAUAUUUAUCGUUCAGGAAUUGGAUACAGUUUCCAAGAUUUUGAUGUGCUGUAGCAGUAGCAACGGGCUCAGCAUUUUUAGCCUUGGGAUCUGACACUGGGGGUUCAGUUCGAAAUCCUGCUGCAUAUUGUGGAGUUGUUGGCUUAAAGCCAACUUAUGGUGUUGUUCCACGACACGGCCUUAUUAGCUUGGUCAACUCAAUGGAUGUACCAGGCCUCUUUGCAAGAACAGUUGAUGAUGUUACUACUAUGCUGUCUGUUGUUGCUGGAAUUGAUAGCCAGGAUUCUACUAGUGUUGAGAGUAAUCUUCGAGACCUUCGACUGCCCAAAGAUCCUCGUGUUAGUGGCUUGGUUUUUGGUAUUCCAAGAGAAUAUCAUAGACCAAAUAUGGAUCCUGAGGUAAUUGCUGUCUGGACAAGAGUAGCAGAUUUACUGGAGAAUAAUGGAGCACAAGUUCGAGAAGUAUCACUUCCACAUACAAAAUAUUCCAUCAUCUGCUAUUCUGUCUUAAACCCAUGUGAAGUGGCAUCAAACUUUACAAGAUACACAGGUGUAGAAUAUGGUCAUCGAGCUGAUACUAUGAAGUCUAUGGAGGCUUUGUAUGCAAAGUCUAGAUCAACUGGCUUAAAUGAUGUUGUUAAAAGUCGAAUACUUGCUGGCAAUUAUUUCUUAUUGGAAGAGAAUAAGGAAAAAUAUUUCAACCAGGCAUUAAAGGUGCGCAGGCUCAUAUGUCAAGAUUUCAGAAAUGUUUGGUCUUUAGGUGUUGAUUUUUUGCUUACUCCAGUGACACUUUCUCCCCCCAUUAGGUAUUCUGAGUUUAUCAACUUCGAUAAUCGAAGUCAGACUGCUACUCAAGAUAUUUGUACUCAGUCUGCAAAUAUGGCUGGUAUUCCUGCCGUAAGUUUACCAAUUACUCUUAACUCUGAAGGGUUACCACUCUCAUUACAACUAAUGGCGCCUAUGGGAAGAGAUGCUGAGAUGUUAUCUGCAGCCAAAUGGAUAGAGAUGACUGUCAAAUAUCCAAGACUUCACAUCACAGAAUAACAAUUUAGUAAAAAAAAGGCCAAGAAAAUUAUUCACGACAAAAAAAGCAGUACUAUAAAAUUUAGUU